AGCACAAAGGCCCGAAGGCUUACGGAUCGAUAGUGUCACAAGGCCCUUACAGGGGUCGGUCAUCAUUCUAUCCUAUACACACCAACCAAUGUCGACGCCUCUUUCUUGCUUCCCCUGCACACACCCCACCACGGAAGCGACAGAUACGGAGCAGAACGUGUCCCCUAGCAGAAGCGUCCGGAAGAGGUGUACAAGAGGAAUCAAGGAAAAGUGCGUACCACCUUGGCGAGACAGACGCUCACACGACACAAAGACUACCUCCAGCUAGCUAUGGUCUUGUCUCACACUUGCAUGGGAUAGCCCACACGCGACACGACAACAAGAACACCACGAUAAAAACCACGGUCACGGGGGGCACGCAGCGCGCAACAUCAUCAUUCAGCAGUAAUGGCUGCCUUUUCCUCCUCUCCCUCUUCCUCUGGCUGCAUCGCCCCCUUCUCCACCGUGAAGACCAGCCUUGUCGGGGCCCGGUACUUUUCGAUCGACUCGAGGGUGCCGUUCCACGUGCCCUCUGCAUCGCUCUCCACCUGCACUCUGUCGCCCUCUUUCGCCUCACCACGCAGGAUCAGAGACGCAAUGGGGUUUUCCAGCUCACGUUGAACCGUCCUGCGAUAGACAGACAGACAACGGGAUGGAUGGCAGAGAGCCUUUGACAGACAGACAGACAGACAGACAGACACAUGGAUGGAUACACGUAUGGCUAUUUGCAUACCGACGAAGCGGUCGGGCACCGAACUGAGGGUCGAAGCCUCUGGAUGCGAGGAAGCUCUUUGCCGCAUCGGUGACCUGCAGACCGAUACGACGGUCGGACAGCCGAUUAGACACCUGCAACACACAGAGAGCACAAUGAGCAGUAAGCGCACACCAAUGCACCCAUUCAUCCACUGCUGACAUAUACCCUACCUUGUUGAGCUCCAGGUUGACGAUGUUGCGCAGCUCACGGCGGCCAAGGGCGCGAAACACCACAAACUCGUCAAUGCGGUUGACAAACUCGGGUCUGAACUGGGCCCUCACGGCCGUCAUGACUCGCUCCUUGAUCUCCUCCUGGACGGUAUCGUCGGCCUCGGCCUCCCCGGCCAGCUCCAGGAUGGACGACGAGCCGAUGUUGGACGUGAAGACGCAUAUGCAGUUCUUGAAGGACACCGUGUUGCCUUUGCCGUCGGUCAGGAUGCCGUCGUCAAGCACCUGCACAGGGAGAUCGUUCAGACAUGUGUGGCCGGAUGAGGUGUGAUGUGCUGUGUUCGUCGGUGCACCUGUAGAAGUAUGUUGAAGACGUCUGGAUGCGCCUUCUCCAUCUCGUCGAACAACAGCACCGAGUAGGGUUUCCGCCGGACGGCGUCGGUCAGCUGCCCGCCCUGAUCGUACCCCACAUACCCAGGCGGCGCUCCAAUCAACCGCGACACCGUGUGCUUCUGCAUGCCCAGCAAUACACACACACGACAGCAUCAUAGACACGCUUUCUCCCUUGUCUCUUUCUGCCCGUUCUGACCUCCAUGUAUUCGCUCAUGUCGAUGCGGACCAUGGCGUCAGGGGACGAGAAGAGCGACUCGGCCAGGGCCUUGCACAGCUCCGUCUUGCCCACACCAGUGGGGCCCAGGAAGACAAGCGAAGCGAUGGGGCGGUUGGGGUCAGAGAGGCCGGCCCGUGACCGCUGGAUGGCCUCGGCAGUGACCCUGACUGCUUCCGCCUGCCCCACCACCCUCUUUUGCAGGAUAUCAUCAAGCUGCAGAAUCCUCUCGCGCUCAGAAUCAACCUGACCAACGACAGAACAGUCCACAUGGUGUGUUCAUAUUCAAAUUUCAUAUCUCACAUAGUACCAGUUUGCUGACGGGUAUUCCUGUCCAACUCGAGACGAUGGCAGCGAUGUCCUCCGGCACCACCUCGUCACGCAACAUGCGGUUCGGCCCUGCGCUGUACUGACGCUCCAGCUCUGCCAGCUUCUUCUGCAGCUCGGGGAUGCGACCGAAACGGAUCUCAGCCGCCUUAUUCAGGUCAUAAGACCUGCAGACGAGAGGAGGAGUAUGUGCAUAGUGAGUACGCAUGCGUGUGUCCUCUGAUCGCUUGCCUUUCGGCCUUUUCUUGCUCGAGCUUGGCUUCAUCCAGUUGCUGCUUGAUGGACCGGAGGUCCGUGAUGGCCGCCUUCUCGCCCUCCCAUAUCGCAUUCAGACGAGACUGCUCCUCCUGACGAGUGCAUGAAGACAGAGCGAAGGGCACAGACGCUUUUCCUUUUAUGUCUUUUGCUCACUUUGAGGUCAGAUAGCCUUCUCUCGAGCUGUGCGAGCCGGGCCCUCUCGUGCGGCGCCAGAGUGGACGCCUCGCUGUCCUCCUUGAUGCUGAUCCGCUCCAUCUCCAGCUGCACUAUCUGGCGGUCAAUCGCGUCAAGAUCCUCUGGGCGGCUGGUCACCUGAACGUUCAGCACAACAUGACUUCAGCACAUGUGUGUGAGCGGGUACUGUGUGCGUACCUGGACUUUGAGUUUUGCGGCGGCCUCGUCGACGAGGUCGAUGGCCUUGUCGGGCAAGAACCGAUCGCUGAUGUAUCGAUUAGCGAGAUUGCUGGCGGCCACCAGGGCCGAGUCGCGGAUGCGCACACCAUGAUGCAUCUCAUACCGCUCACGCAAACCUGAUGUAUCGCACAGAUAGAGGUAGUUAACAACAGAUCCAUAGAAUGGAAAUGUGUCUGUCACCUCUGAGUAUGCUAGUGGUUGCGUCCACGGCCGGCUCGUCCACAUAGACGGACUGGAAGCGGCGGGCGAGUGCUUUGUCCUUCUCGAUGUACUUGCGGUACUCAUCCAUGGUCGUCGCCCCAAUGCACCGCAGCUCGCCGCGUGCAAGCAUGGGCUGACCAACACAGACAGACAGACAGACAUGCUGGUAUCAUAUAAGAGUGAGCAGAUGGUUUGGUUGCACUAACCUUGAGUAUGUUGCUUGCAUCCAUGCCGCCCGACUCGCCGCCCCCGCCAGCCCCCACGACGGUGUGUAUCUCGUCGAUGAACAUGACGACCUGCCCCUGGGCGUCACUCACCUCCUUCAACACGCCCUUGAGCCGCUCCUCAAACUCGCCACGGUACUUGGCACCUGUAUAGAAGUGUAUAUGCAUCGGUCAGAGCGCGCGCGUGUGCGCGCGCGUGUGUGUGUAGGUGUGUGCACCUGCGAUCAUGGAUGCCAUGUCGAGGGCGAUGAGUCGUCGGCCUUUUAGUGAGUCGGGGACGUCACCGAGGAGGAUCCGCUGCGCCAGGCCCUCAGCGAUGGCCGUCUUGCCCACACCAGGGUCACCCAGGAGAAUCGGGUUGUUCUUGCUACAUGGACAGUGAGCAAAGACGGGUUAUCUAAUGAGCCGAAAUGGACCGUGUUGUCUGCUUACGUGCGUCUGGAGAGAAUCUGCACCACCCGCCGGAUCUCCUCAUCACGCCCGAUCACGGGGUCCAGCUUGCCCUCGCUCGCCAGCUGAGUCAAAUCCCUGCGCCGACACAGCUCAUUCAUGCCAGAGAGAGCAUCAACACCUGUCAGUGUGUGUGCCUCGAUUCGUACCGGCCGUACUUCUCCAGUGCCUGGUAUGAUCCCUCGGCCGUCUUGGUCGUCACGCGACGAGAGCCGCGCAGCUGGCUGACCGCCUGAAGGAGUGCCUCCGGCGUGAUGCCCUGGUGCUGCAGAGCCUCUUUUGUGAAGCGAGUGUCGGCCUCGGCUAGCGCCAGCAGCAGGUGCUCAACAGAGAUAUACUCGUCUGUGAAGCGGCCCUUGAUUGACUUGGCCGUAUUCAAGACCUGCCCACACACACACACUUUUCCACAUUCCUCCUUCAGUGACAGACCUCCCUCACCAACUCACGUUGAUGAGAGACCUUCCAACCGGCCUGUCUGACGCGCCGCGUGCUGUGGUGACCCGCGGCUGCUUCUCGAGAAACUCCUUGAGCUCUCGCAGCAGACGGGCAAUGUCGGCACCACCUAAUGGCAGAAAGACAAAUGCAUCAACCCUUUCCUUGCCCACCGGUCCGCCAACUCACCCUUGAAGAGAAUGCGCUGCGCCAGCCCAUCUGGUCCCUGGUUGAGCAAGGCUUGCAGCAGCAGCUCCGCCUCAGCAGACGGCGGCUGAUACCUCUCUAUCAGCGGAAUGACCUCUGUGAUCGCCUCCCAGGCCUUCUCAGUAUAGUCAUUGGCAUUCAGAGAGACCGACCCGCCGCCCGGCGGCCCCUCGGCGCUCGAUGAAUAGCCCCGACAGCCGCUUGGUGGACCAGACGCAUUGUGCCGUGUUGUCGACCGCCAUGCCGACUCAUGGAACGGCCACGCAUUUCCGUUGGUGAAGUCGCUGCGUUGAGAUGGAUGGGACGUGGCGAGGCAUCUGGAUGCGGACAGCAGCCACGGGCGCCGACUGUGGGAUACCCAACUUCUGCAGAUGGGAUACGUGUUUUGUGCAGAGAUCUUCAGUCUUGACAGCAUGACCACCCCAUAGAAAGCAGAACAGUGAUGUUUUCUCUCCAAG